GCUGCAUCCAGGAAUUAGAUAAUAAAAGUGUCAAAAACAAGUGCUAAGUGGUUAAGGUUAAUGAGUUCUUAUUCUGGGAGGAUUUAGUCGUGGCUAUUGUAACUUAACAGGAGUUUUUGAUGUCUUCAAAGUUGGAAGCGAAUAAACGACAGCGAAUAAACAUUUAUGAAACAUUGGCUACAUGUCAGGCACCAUGCCAGGUGCUGGUGCUGCAACAGUCAAGAAGGCAGACAUGGCCUUUCCUGCAUGGAGUUUACAAUCUGAAAAGGAAAAAGCUGUAGUAACCCCAAGUGCAUGGAGUGCUAUGGGGACAAGUACAAGAUGCUGUGGAAACAUAGCAGUGGGUUCUGACCUAGCCUGGGAGACAGGGAAGGUUUAGCUGAGUAAGGGCAUGUAAUUUCAAACCUGAAGGACAAGUAGGAUUCAGCCAAGAGAAGGGGGGAGAGGGAAGAGGAUGCUAGGCAGGAGGAACAGCAAGUGUAAAAGGCUAGAGGCAAGAAAUGAUGACUUUUAAGUCCAGUAUUUCUGAACAGUGGUGUGUAAGUGUGAUUUUGCAGCCAGAUGAGGCUGUGCAGGUAGGCAAGGGUCAGGUCGUGAAGCACCUUUUGUGCCCUUGAAAGGAAUUUUGCCUUAAUCUUAAGGGCCAUGGAAGCUACUAAAGAGUUUGAGCAGGUGAGAGAGAUGAUUAGUUUUUCGUCUUAGAAUGCCACAGCGUGAAUGAAGGGAUUGAAGGGGAGUGAGCUUGGGCACUGGGACAUGUUCUUGCAGAUACUGUCUCAAUAUCCAGACAAGGUAUGAUGUCAGCCUGGUCUAGGGUAGUGGGAAUUAGGGUAAGGAGUGGAUAAAUUAGAAAGAGAAUUAAGUGGCAGAAUCUGCAGGGCUUGAUGGUAGAUUGGAUGUUGAUAGUGAGAGAAAGGAAAGAAUGAAAGACAACCCUCAAGUUUCUACUUGAUCACCUGGAUACUUUUUACUGAGAUACGCAAUACUGGAGGACACGCAGAUUAGAGAGAGGCAGAGUGAGAUCAUGAGUUUAUUUUGGGAUCAGUUGAGCUUAAGAUGCUUGUGAUAUAUCCAUGAAGACAUAAUGACUAAGAAACUGGUAAUGCAGUUCUGAAGGCGAUAGAGAGAUCUACCCAAGAGAGUUAGACUGUAAUCCAUGCCAUAGGAAUAGAUGUAGAAUUAUAAGAGAACAGAUUUUAGGAAAAAGCUCCAUGAUACACCAACAUAUAAGGUACUGUUAGGGGAGAAGCCGAUUAUGGUUAUUGAGAAUAAAUGGCCAGGAAGGUAGCAGGAGAACCAGUGUGAUCACACAGAAGCUAAGAAAUGAGAGUGUUUUAGAAGAGAGGGAAAAAUUAAUAUUGUUCAUGCUAAGGAGAAAUGAAGAAAAUAAGUCUGAAGAGUGUAUCAGAUUGAAUGAUAUGGCACAUUUCUGAUUACAGAAAUUGUUAUUAUUGUGGGUGAUGAGGGUGAAGUAAGUGUUGUUGCAGAACAGCUAACAUGUUUCUUUAUACUCAGGUUCUUAAUGGAUGCUCUUAUUUAUUCCUAAAGCUACAAGAGACAGAUCAUGGCUGGAAGGAAUCAAACUGGAGUCUCAGACUUUCUCCUGCUGGGCCUGCCUAUUGAGCCAGAGAAGCAAAACCUGUUCUAUGCCCUGUUCCUGGCCAUGUAUCUUACCACUGUCUUGGGGAACAUGCUCAUCAUUGUCCUCAUUCGCCUGGACCUCCACCUCCAUACACCCAUGUAUUUGUUUCUCAGUAACUUGUCCUUCUCUGAUAUUUGCUUCUCCUCUGUCACAAUGCCCAAAUUGCUGCAGAACAUGCAGAGCCAAGUCCCAUCCAUCCCCUACACAGGCUGCCUGGCCCAGCUGUACUUCUUCCUGUUUUUUGCAGAUCUGGAGAGCUUCCUCCUUGUGGCCAUGGCCUAUGACCGCUAUGUGGCCAUCUGCUUCCCCCUGCACUACACCACCAUCAUGAGCCCCCAGCUCUGUCUUUCCCUGGUGUCACUGUCCUGGGUGCUGACCACAUUCCAUGCCAUGCUGCACACCCUGCUCACUGCCAGGUUGUGUUUUUGUGCAGACAACGUGAUCCCCCACUUUUUCUGUGAUAUGUCUGCUCUGCUGAAGCUGGCCUGCUCUGACACUCAAGUUAAUGAAUUGGUGAUAUUUAUCAUGGGAGGACUCAUUCUUGUCAUCCCAUUCUUACUCAUCGUUAUGUCCUAUGUAAGAAUAAUCUCCUCCAUCCUCAAGGUGCCUUCUGUCAGGGGAAUCAGUAAGGCUUUUUCCACGUGUGGCUCCCACCUCUCCGUGGUGUCACUGUUCUAUGGGACUGUUAUUGGUCUCUACUUAGGCCCAUCAGCUAAUAAUUCUACUGUUAAGGAGACUGUCAUGGCUCUGAUGUACACUGUGGUGACCCCCAUGCUGAACCCCUUCAUCUACAGCCUGAGGAACAGAGACAUAAAUGGAGCCCUGGGAAGAGUCUUUCAUAAAAGGACAUUUCCCUUUUCUCUAUGAAAUUUUUAUGUAAUCUUAUCAAGUAGAGACUCUGAUAUUGCAAUG